AUGCCUCCGAAGAAGGCGAAGAGCCAUAGCAAGCCCGCCGUAGAAGCGAAGGACACUCCUCAAGAAGCUCCAGUCACAGCAACAGAGACAGCAGAGCCACCUAAGGAUGCUGUCCAGCCUAUUGGCGAGUCUCCGAGCUCGCAUUGCCGCAUUGCUGCACCGCUGACCGCAACAGAGGGCAAAUUGGGAGAGCCGAUCUCGACCAACGGUGCUAUCGGCCACACUAACGAUGAGAGCCCAAAAAGUGACAGCAAGGACGAGAAUACAGCAGAGAAGGAUGUGUCGGAUAAGUCAUCGGAGCCUUCCUCAAAGAAACGAAAGAAUGCUGCGGGAUCAGCCAAACCCAAGAAAGAGCCCCGAGUUGGUACCCGUACUCCUUCGGCUCGUAACAGCAGGUCAUCAUCGCAGCCGUCGCAACAGCAAAUAUUGGUGUACUUGCUUUCACAGGAGGCCGAAGAGUUUGUUCGUCCCGAUGACGAGAAGGAGGAUCUCAAGAAAGACGCAAACCUCCGCACGUACACCUCCUCGCUACUGAGCCCGUUCGAAGAGCUCAUGUGCGCCGUAAUCCUCUCCCGUCCCAUUUCGCACACAUUGGGAAUGCGAACGAUCCGUACAAUCCUCAACAAACCUUACGAAUUCACCACGCCGAAGGCGCUCAAAGAUGCAGGGGAGGCGAAGAUCUUGGAGGCAAUGGACAACGCCCGUACACAACACAGAGGCAAGACCGCGAACGAACUCGCGCUCCUCGCAAGUUUGGUCGUUGACAAGUACACCUCGGACGCAGACAAAGACGGCGCCAAGCUUAAGAAGGUGUUGCUGGAUAACGACAACGACUACAACCAGGCAUUGGCAUCGUUGAAGAAGGAAGUCAAAGGUCUUGGCGCGAAUGGCGAGAAUAUCUUCUUGCGGCGUGCGCAAUGGUUUCCAGGCUGGGAUGACGCAUAUCCGUUCAUUGAUCCAAAGGCCGAGGACGCUUUGCGAAAAGUUGGUCUCCCUCGAGAUCGCGAAGGGCUGCGGAGGUUGAUCGAUCAGCACUGGGCCAAGCUGAACACCAAGAACAUGGCGGGUGACGGCGACGCGACGAAGAAGAAGAGAGCAUUCUUUGUGGUCCUGGAGAGAUGCAUCGUGGCUGAUCUCGAGCAGAGAAUCGAUGAUGUUCUUGCAGCGGCUGCCGCAUGA